UCGAAGGCUUCUCUUCCAGGAGGUGCAGCAGUUUUUCUUAGUAAGUUAGAUGAAUAGGCCAGACCAUUCAAAGUCAGAAAAAGCAAUUAAGUUUCACCAGGGACGCUGAGGGUGGGGAGGCAUGUCCCCAGUGACUGGAUUGGCUUCUUAAGGCAUGAGAUGGAGAAAUCAGUAAGUCACGCUCUUUCCUUUGAAUUCCUAGCUCUUGUGGUCUCCAGAUUCUGGCACAAGAUGAGAGGCUCUGGUCUUCCCCUCUGCCUUCUCUCUGCUGUGUUUUAUCUCUCCUGGACACCUUCUGCCGGUCUAAAGACACUCCAUUUGGGAAGCUGUGUGAUCACCACAAACCUUCAGGGAAUUCGAAGUGGAUUUGCGGAGAUACAGAGCAGUGUGCAAACCAAAGAUGAAAUCCUUGACAUCAGAAUCUUGAAGAAGACUCACUCUUUGCAAGACACAACGCCUGCAUAUCAGUGCUGCCUCCUCCGCCACAUACUGAGACUCUACCUGGACAGGGUGUUCAAAAACUACCAGACCCCUGACCACCAUGUCCUCCGGAAGAUCAGCAGUCUCGCCAACUCGUUUCUUGCCAUCAAGAAGGACCUCCGGCUCUGUCAUGCGCAUAUGUCAUGCCCUUGUGGAGAGGAAGCAAUGGAAAAAUACAGCCAGAUUCUGAGUCACUUCGAAGAGCUUCAGCCUCAGGCAGCGGUGGUGAAGGCUCUGGGGGAGCUGGACAUUCUCCUGCGAUGGAUAGAGGCGAUUGACUAGGAGGACAGUGAUGCUGCUGCUGAGAGGGCUCCGGGCCAAGACCCCCAGUCCUCAGGAGGCAGGGCCCCUAACCUCCAUCCCUUCGUUACAGAAUUCAGUGCUGGCCACCGUGUAUAUUAUUUAUACAUUAUUUGUUCCCUUAUUGUGGUUAUCUUUAUAUGUUCCUGCUCUUAAUCUAGACCACAGCCUUCUAAGAUUUUAGCAACAUCUUUUCUACUGUUGGGUAUAUUUAUUAGUUAAUUUUUUAUUUAUUUUUACUAUUUAACUUAUUUAUUUUUGUAUUUGAAGAGAAGACUUUUGAAAGCAAUUCAUGGAUUAUAUUUAAACCCUGACUAGAAUAGGUAUGAAAACAGGUUUUCAUAUAGUGAACAAACCCUCUAAAUCUGGGGGAGUGGUGGGGCGAGGCUAUACAUUUUUAUUAAAUUAAGGACAUGCUUCCUGACUGCCUAGGCUCUCUGAGAUAUUUAAAACUGAGCCAAUGACUCUGAAGUGUGGAUUGUGGAAGAAAUUCUGAAGUGAAAUCACAGGCUUGUUUUAAAAUUACUGACCAACCCCAAUCCA